AUGGAGCUCAGGCAGGAGUUCCAUCCCCGACGGAACUGGAAGUUCAGAGACAGACGGACAGAGCAGCGGGCUGAGAUCCAGAAGAGGAGACUGAGGUCAGAGACACCAAACAAGACUGAAGGAGAGACCCCAGACGUGGCUGUGGGCUGCGUGCCGGUGCUGACGCUGAUGACCACAGUGUUGACCAGGACAGGAGCAGUUUCCGUGCGCCUCAGGGCCCCCCCGGAUGCACGGGGCUGCCACAUGGCCCAGUACAAGUCCCUGUCCCCACGAGAGCUGCAGGCCUUCAGGAGGGCCAGGGAUGCCUUUGAAGAGUCCUUCUUGCCAAAGCAUAACAGGAGCUGCGGCUCCCGCCCCUUCCCCAGGACCUGGCACCUGAAGCAGCUGCAGGUGUGGGAGCGCCCCGUGGCCUUGGAGGCGGAGCUGGCCCUGACUCUGAAGGUCCUGGGGACCAUGGCUGACUCGUCCCUGGGGGACGUCCUGGACCAGCCCCUUCACACGCUGAGCCUCAUCCACUCUCAACUCCAGGCCUGUGUCCCCGCUCAGCCCACAGUGGGCCCCAGGCCCCGGGGCCGCCUCCACCACUGGCUGCACCGGCUCCACGAGGCCCCGAGGAAGGAGUUCCGUGGCUGCCUCCAAGCCUCUGUCAUGUUCAACCUCCUCCGCCUCCUCGCCCAGGACGUGAAAUGUGUCGCCAGUGGAGACCUGUGUGUCUGA